CCGGAUGCUCUGCACUUACUAUGGCUACUUGACCUCAGCGGAAUAGUCAUGCUGCAUGGCUGCAGGCUGACUUGAUGGCAGACUUGGAGAUGCCAGCCAAAACACAUGGAGUUGGAGUCUUCUUAGAGCUGAGGAAAAGGCUCCAGACUGGACUGCUCAUUGUCGGGAAAGCCGUGGCCAGUAGUCCGGCAGAUGUGGUCGUGACAGGGGGAGACUCCUCUCUCCACAUCGGGACGCCCCGAGGCGAGCUGAGCCUGACUCUGCCGCCAGGAGUCGCCCUGGAGCAGGGAUCCUGUGUCCCGACGCCCGCGGGAGAGUCCUGUGGAGAGGAGCUGCAUUUCAGGCUGCGGAUCAGUGUCACGCCGAGCACAGAUGAAGAGGCCUGUGGCAGCGUGGUGGAGACGCUCCGGGCUAAAGAGACUUAUUGCUUCCACUGCCAGGGCUGCAUGACCCGGCUGCUAGAGGACAGAGUGUUUAAGCGAGUUCUCCCUCUCCCUAACGGCAACUGGAACGCCAUCGUGGACGACUGGUGCUGCCACCCCGAUCCGUUCGCGAACAAGAAGCUGCUGCCCCGAGCCGAGGACUGUUUACUGGGCGACACCUUCCUCCUCCUAGCCAGAGAUGGCGGAUGCGAACACACUCUCACUAAGGAAGUGAGCUCUGUUGGCUCAGAGGACAGUCAAGAAUCAAAGAAAACGUGCCGCCGACUGGCAAUCGUCUCCUGCAAGAGCUGUUCGUUAGUGCUGGGAGAGGCCGUCGCACCAGAGAGCCUGAAACUGUACAUCACACAGGUGGUGGUGGAACCCGCUGUGGGAGACAGAAUGCCAGAGGCUUCACUUAACAGGUCCCUCUAUCUGGAGCAGACGUUAGCAGCCAGGCUGUUGGAGCUGUCCAACUCAAUGAGCACCUUCCACUUCUCUGUCCAGACUCCUGAUGAAAAAGCCUUCUUAUUGCUCUGGCUGCUGAACAGCGACUCCAUCACAGCGUCGGUCCCACGGACGUGUGUCGGGGGGGACAGCUCCCUUCACAGUCCAUCAGCCCGAGUCCUGAAAGUCCUCUACACCGCCCGCUCUGACACAGGCAUCCAACAAAGAGACAUUGUAUCUAGUUGGGAGGCCAAUGCCAUCGGACAUCCUGUGGUGCUGCCGCUGAAGGUGUGCCAGGAGCUGCUGCAAGUGAUGGAUGACAGCAACUCUGCACUUCCUGCCUCUAUGCGUACCAUGAGGUCCUAUGAGGUGGCGUACCUGAGACUGUGAGGCCAAACGUCCAGUGCCAAGAGGUCAACGCUCCACUCGUCAGUCUUGGAUAAGGACGUGGGACAGCUGAUAGGACUGUUUUUUUUAAUUUUAAGGCCUUUUUGCCUUUAGGUAAUAGGACAGUUGUAGACAGGAAGGGAGGCGAGAGCGAGAGGGAGAAGACAUGCAGAAAAAGGCAGCAGCCUGGAAUCAAACCUUGGGUCGCUGCGUUAAGGACUGAGCU